AUGACCUCCAGUGAAGAUGAAGUAGGCUGGGUGAUAUGGCAAGGCCCCAACCCCUUAUCCCUACCUCCGGGAGAAGACGACCUCAUAGUCUUUGGAAAAUCUUUGGAGGAACAUGAAGAGCGACUGCUCAAAGUUUUGGAUCGUCUCGCUGAAGUGGGGCUGAAGAUCUCCUUGGAUAAAUGCCAGUUCUGCCAGCCAGAAGUGAAAUACUUGGGGCAUAUCGUGUCUGCUCAAGGUGUCUCCCCUGAUCCCCAGAAGAUUGUAGGCUGUCACUUCCUGAACGCGGGAAACCAAAAGAUCUAA